AUAUAGGUACAAAAUGCGCAUAAAGCAGAGCAUUGAGGAAUAUCUGAAGAAUUCGACGUUGCAUGGAGCCCGUUUUAUAGUCGAUAAGGAUGCAAAUUGGUUGGAGCGCAUUUUUUGGGUCAUCUGUUUGAUUGCCUCAUGGUAUGCCUCCUGGUUGCUUAUUAAAGCAUCGCUUGCUGCCUUUGAGAAUAAUGCCAUUAGCUUUGUGGUGGAAAGUUCAUAUCGCGAUUGGGAUACCAAUUUUCCGGCCAUUAUUGUUUGUGAAUCUAAGAACAUGGAUCGCAUACAGGAAGUUGCUGAACAACUCUGGGGCGCCGAUCAUGAUUUUACUUUGGAGGAGGUGCUCAGUGAGAUUGCCUAUUUUCGUGGCGAGUCCUAUCACACGGUACAUGAGUGUGGAGGAGAGGAUUCGACAACUACCUGCUUCUAUUCCAACUUCUCGUAUUAUGCCCAGUUAGUUAGGAGCCCCUGUGUCAAUGCCAUCCGAAACUGCGAGUGGAAUAAUAAGCCCUUCGAGUGCUGCAAAUAUUUUCAACGCAUGGAAACUGAGCUGGGCAUUUGCUAUGCCAUCAACUCCAUGCAAGCCGGCAAAAACCAGGGUCCUAAGGUCAAUAUGUACUCCAAUCGUUUUACAGGACCGGGUUCUCUCAAAAUAGAACUACUUACGGAAGCGACAGUGUUCAUAUUGGGAGCCGAAGAAGUCCCCACUUUGGUAACACCCAAAACAGAUUUUCUAGUCGUGGGACCGUACAUAUCUUUCACUCGCUAUGUGUCGAAGCGUGAUAUUGAGAACGAUGAGGCGAUUCGUGAGACGAGCAUUCAUCAACGCAAUUGUCGCUUUCCGGAUGAGAAUAUUCUCGAUGUGCAUGGUUAUUAUAGCUAUAGUGCCUGUACCGUUCAAUGUCGAAAGGAUCGGCAAAUGGAGUUGUGCAAUUGCUCAAGUCACUUGUCUCCCAAUACCCCCGAUUGGCAAAAGUGCAACAUGGAUGGUCUCGAGUGUCUCAAUCGCCACUAUGAGGAUCUAUCGGUGAUCAUUGCCGAAUGGGCGCGUCGUCGUGGUAGAAAGGGUCUCGUUUGUGAUUGCUUGCCCUCCUGCACGGAGGUGGACAUUAGCACGGUGGCUGACAGCAAGGAUAAUAUCGAUGGAGAAGAGACUCCAGUAUCGAAAAUAGAAGUUGCCCUCAUAGAGUUGCCCACAGAGCGUUAUAAACGUAAUUUGGUGAGAGGUAAAUUGGAUUUGGUGGUUUCCAUAGGCGGUACAACAGGCCUGUUUGUUGGUGCUAGCCUGCUCAGUUUUGUGGAAAUUAUCUACUAUAUGACGAUACGCCCUUAUACCACAUAUAUGCAUGAGAAUCGUCGACAGCAACGAAACAAUUUACUGAGAGCCGUGCACUAAAAAAGAAUGCACUCUUUUAUGAGAGUCUUACGUAAUUGGUGAAAAAAAACCGUAUCCAUAAACACUCGUUUAUAUCUUAUCACACCGAACUAUAUUUUGCACAAUCCAAUAACAAAAAACUAAGCAAACCGAAUUCAAAA